GAUAGUCACAUCUUCUGUGAAACCAAACAUGCUCGACUUUUCUGGUCGUUUAGUAAAAAAAUCAUCGGGAAUUUGCCUCUUAUUUUUUCUAAGUGUUCCUACGAUUGUCAGCUGAUGAUUUUUCAGUAAAUUAUUGGCCACUUCAACGGAAGUGAACCAAUUAUCCAUUGUAACAUUUCUCCUAGAUUUUGACAGUGGUAAACAAAGCCUACUCGCUACAUCAGACGAACUGUUACUAACACAAAAAGGACCUGGAGGCUGUUUACCGCAAUAUACUUCCAUAUUUACGCGAGACUAAAAAACAAAAGAUGAUAAACUUGAGCGAAUCUGAUGUGAAAGCCUUAUGUUUCAAUGCUAUGCGCAUCUUCAUGAAUCAACCCAUGUUGUUAGAGUUGGAGGCACCGAUAAAGGUUUGUGGUGAUAUUCAUGGUCAAUUCACGGACUUACUUAAGCUUUUCAGUUUUGGCGGAUUUCCUCCCGAUUCAAAUUAUUUAUUUCUUGGGGAUUAUGUGGAUAGAGGAAAACAGUCGACUGAAGUUUUAUGUUUGUUACUUGCGUAUAAAAUAAAAUAUCCAGAAAACUUUUUCCUUCUACGGGGAAAUCAUGAAGCUAGUUCGAUUUGUAAAAUAUAUGGUUUCUAUGAAGAAUGUAAAAGAAGAUAUAGUAUAAAGAUAUUUAAAUUAUUCACUGAUGUAUUCAAUACACUUCCUGUUGCUGCGAUAAUUGACGAUAAAAUAUUUUGUUGUCAUGGUGGUUUGAGUCCGGAUCUAUUACAUAUAGGACAAAUUAGAAAUAUCGAAAGGCCGACUGACGUACCUGCGAAAGGACUGCUAUGUGAUCUUUUAUGGUCUGAUCCGAGUUCAACAAUGGGUUGGAGUGAAAACGAUAGAGGCGUUUCAUUCUCUUUUGGACCCGAUGUCGUAAAAAAGUUUUUAAGCAAACACGACUUUGAUUUACUUUGUCGAGGACAUCAGGUUGUAGAAGAUGGGUACGAGUUUUUUGCUCAGAGGCGAUGUAUAACAAUUUUUUCAGCCCCAAAUUACUGUGGUACAUUUGAUAACGCUGGAGCUCUUAUGUCUAUUGAUGAUAAUUUAUUAUGCUCAUUCCAAAUUCUGAGUCCGCUUAAAAAACGUGCAGCGAAAUGACAUGGAAUAAACAAGGACAAGUUAGGUGAUUUGAAAUAGUCUCAAUAAUGAGAAUUUUGUAAUCAUGUUUCUGAUAUUUUACCCCACUUUUAAGAUCACUAUUGAAAUAAAAAAAUAUUAGAACGA